AUGUUGCUGGGAUUGAUGAAGCAGAAGAAGACAUGCUCAUAUCUCAUUGAAAUGAGUAGCAAGAGUUCGGAGACGGGAUCGAUGCUAUCCUCUUACCUUUUGUGCAAAGAAAUGGAAAAGCGUUUCAAUGAGUUGAGGAAGUACGUCUGGCGUCGUAUUGACCCAGCACGUCGUCUUGGGGUCCUGCGUGGUCGUGCGCGUGGUUUUAGACGCCGUACUGGCUAUGCGGUCAUGGUUACGAUGCACCAAGUGCUGGUUUCCCACAGACAAUUCGUCAUCAAUCCAGCCGUUUAG